CAGGGGGCGCUGUGGAGACAAAGGACGCUGCUGCCGGUUGUACCGGAAGCCCGAGCUCUUCCCUUCCGGUCGCCGUCAGCGGACCUCAACGUGUCCCGACAACAUGGCGCUCUACAAUUUCAAGAAGAUUAUGGUGGUUCCCACCGCCAAGGAUUUCAUCGACAUCACUUUAUCCAAAACGCAAAGGAAGACGCCCACGGUGGUCCACAAGCAUUACCAGAUCCACCGCAUCCGACACUUUUACAUGCGCAAGGUGAAGUUCACCCAGCAGAGCUACCAUGACCGCCUCACGCAGAUCCUCACCGACUUCCCCAAGCUCGACGACAUCCAUCCAUUUUACGCGGAUCUCAUGAACGUGCUGUACGACAAGGACCAUUACAAGCUCGCCUUGGGACAGAUCAACAUCGCCAAGAAUCUGAUCGACAAUGUCGCCAAAGACUACGUGCGUCUGAUGAAAUAUGGAGAUUCUCUGUACCGGUGCAAACAGCUGAAGAGAGCCGCCCUGGGUCGCAUGUGCACCAUCCUGAAGAGACAGAAGUCAAGUCUGGAGUAUCUGGAGCAGGUGCGUCAGCAUCUGUCCCGUCUGCCGUCCAUCGACCCGAACACCAGGACCCUGCUGCUGUGCGGUUACCCCAACGUCGGCAAGUCCAGUUUCAUCAACAAGGUUACCAGAGCAGAUGUCGACGUGCAGCCGUACGCCUUCACCACCAAAUCCCUGUUUGUGGGUCACAUGGACUAUAGAUACCUGCGCUGGCAGGUGGUGGACACCCCUGGGAUCCUGGACCACCCCCUGGAGGACCGGAACACCAUCGAGAUGCAGGCCAUCACAGCCCUGGCUCACCUGCGGGCGGCCGUCCUCUACGUCAUGGACGUGUCCGAGCAGUGCGGCCACACGCUGCAGGAGCAGCUGGAGCUGUUCAACAACAUCCGCCCGCUGUUCACCAACAAGCCGCUCAUCAUCGUGGCCAAUAAAUGUGACGUGAAGAAGAUCGGCGAGCUUUCUGAGGAGAGUCAGAAAGUCUUUGCCGACCUCUCCGCCGAGGGAAUCUCUGUGAUCGAGACCAGCACCCUAACGGAGGAGGGGGUCAUCCAGGUCAAGAACGAGGCCUGCGACCGGCUCCUCGCCCAUCGCGUCGACGCCAAGAUGAAGGGCAAGAAGGUCCACGAUGUUCUCAACCGUCUCCACCUGGCCAUGCCUGCCAAGAGAGACCAGAAGGACAGGCCCCCGUUCAUCCCAGAGGGAGCCCUGACUCGCAGGAAGGCGAUGGAGGUGGACGCCCCCAAACGCAAAACCGAGAGGGAUCUGGAGGUGGAGCUCGGCGACGACUACAUCCUGGACCUGCAGAAAUACUGGGAUCUGAUGAACGAGGAGGAGAAGAACGACAAGAUCCCUGAAGUCUGGCAGGGCCACAACAUCUCUGACUACAUCGACCCCGACAUCAUGAAGAAACUGGAGGUGCUGGAGAAGGAGGAGGAGCUGAAGGAGCGAGCCGGAGAGUACGACUCGGACGAGGAGAGCGAGGACGAGGAGAUGCAGGAGAUCCGCGUUCUGGCCAAACAGAUCCGCGAGAAGAAGCAUCUCAUGGUGCUGGGGUCCAAGGAGAAGGACGUGCACGGGCCUCGCAUGCCCAGGACCGCCACCAAGGUUGAAAGAACGAAGCUGGAGAAGGAGAUGGGCGACCUCGGUCUUGACAUGAACGACAAGGACGAGAGCCACUACGCGCAGCAGGCCCGGCGGUCGCGCAGCAUCACCAAGAAACGUAAGCGCGAGGUUUCCGCCCCACCGACCUCCAAGACCCGCAGCCAGAGCGCCUCGCGUCCACCUCGGGACCAGUCGGGUAUACGAGACCCCAAGAUGGCAAAGAAGGCAAAGAAGAUGAUGAAGAACUCCCAGAAGGACAUGAACCGUCAAUGCAGGAAGGGCGAAGCGGACAGACACGUGUUCGACCUCAAACCCAAACACCUGCUGUCGGGGAAGAGGAAGUCGGGCACCGCAGAUCACAGAUAAAACCCUCUUACCGGACUGUUUCAGAUCCUUGUAUUUGUGUCUUCAUUUUCCCCUGCAGUGGAAAAAAAAAAGAACAUGCAGUACGUUUCCAAUUUUAACCGAGGAAGACUUGUGUUUACCAGUGAAGCUGCAGGGGGAAAUGCCCCGGACCCACUGAAAUGGUUAGUAAUUAUGAUAAUAAUGUCUGUUUGUUUUGUCAGCUCUCACAAAUGUAACCUCGGAGAACUGAAGCUGUUGGAAAACAGAAACAAAAUGGAGAAGCACAGGUCGACCUGAUUCUAAUAUUCGGUCAAUUCACAAGACUUUCUCCUGGAUUUAAAAAUCAAACUGUCUUUACAGUUUGUAAUGUGGCUGCGUUUACUUUGGAUAAAGUGAUGAUGAUGAUGAUGCUAACGAAAUUUAUUCAUUUACAAAAGAGCCAAAUAAAUAUACACCUGAACGAAA